GGAAAAUGAAGGAAAAGCAAAGGGAGAGGCAUGGGGCCCAUUUCUUUCAGAGUCAGUGACCACUGAAUGCUGAGCUUUAACAUCGGCAUCAAUAAAUCACAUGAAAGGAUAGUUGUCGGGAGGUGAAUCGACCAAGUUGCUUCAUUCUUCGGUUGAAGGGCAGAAGUAUCGGUCUGUCUGGUGUUUCGGUUACAUCGCAAUAAAGUGAAGCACAACAAUCCCCACCCUCAAUCCUCGUCCUCGAUAAGCUGCAUCCCCUACCACGACUUUCUCCGUUUGUCUGUUCGAGUUAGUCUCAAUUACAUCUUAUCCAUCGAAUCGAUUCCAUCUGUGCUUUGAUUCCCUAUUUGAGCAACAUCGCUGCUUCCUCUUAAGUAGUGGAUAGAAGGAGAGGCACAGAAAAAAUCCACUAGCAGAAUCACUGUUCAAAGAAUUGUCCAGGUUAAGAAUAAAUGAACGGAUGGAUGCGAAGAUCGAUCAUGAGUAAACCAGCCGGGUAAGCGGGUGGCGCCCCGGCUUGUUGAUACACCCUACGUCGGCGGUUCUUUAGCGGUCGCACAAUAUCAAGCAGUUUUGUUGCACUAGCUCAACCUGAAGAAGAGAUCUUGCGCUUGUUGAGCCUCACCAGUGGCACUGCAGCGACGACAAAGUACAUCACCAGACAUCGGAAUCUACUGCGAAGAUGUCGAACCUGAAUACUGCAAAAUGGUUGUCAGGGAUGCACGUGACGGGCGUGAGUGCCCAGGAGGGGGUGAAAAUGCAAUCGAACAAGAUGCUGCACAAGGAGACUGUCAGAGACACAAGACUAAAAAGCUUCUGGAAGCAGAAGCUAAGAGAAAACAAUCACGGAGAGCAGCAUGAGGCGUUGCAUGUCGCGAAUCAUCAUGACACGUUGGAAGCGAGUACUAACUAGAACCUUUGGCUUUCCUUUCUUCUUAAAGUUAUAAUAAACUACCACUUUCAACAACAUUUACAUUAAUACUUACGAACCCCACGACAUCACAGCUCGUGCGUUCCACGUAAACCGAAAUUCACUGCAUACGCUGAGACACACCACAGCUAUCAACUUCCGGAAUGAGGCUUACAGGCAAAAACAGGAGAGGUUCGAAAAUCAAGCGAUGCGGAAAACGCUUCAGACUGAAAACUUCAUUGCAAGGUACUAUGACCGAAGAGACUCUGAGGUGGAGGUUGUCCUUGUCGUACUCUUUGGUGUUGUAGUACAAGUACAUAGACACUUCUAGUACUUCUGAAAAAAAUCAACAUCCUUGGCUUACUCUCAAUCUCAAACAUCAAAUAACUCGUCAAUACCUACUCCUAUCUGUAGGCGGCAGCGACUUCUGGUGGAAAUGGCGGGUGACGAACGAGCAAAGCGUGAAAUUACGCUACGUGAUAAUCGCGCCAGAACUAUGUCCGAUUUGAACUCCUUCCGGCGCGAGGGUUUGCGAUAUUGCGGUGAGCCGAAGUUUCAGUGAGGGGACGGAAUUGAAUCUUCACUGAAUUUGAAACACGAAAAUAACGGACAUCUACCUUAGUUAACAUCAUAGUAAGUUACAACCUACUUCGACAUCUUUAUCAUAAAGAAGAAGCUGCUUCUCAUCAACGCAGGUUUCUAUCUCUUCCAGUUUUAUGUUUCUGUUUCUUGGACAUCAUCAUCAAAGCUUCUAGAAGCGUAGCUUCUAUGACGAGCACCAAAAGGUUAUUAAGGUUACUGCUAUCCAAGGUUAAUUUUCAAAUUGACAUCAUUGCUAAAUCUCUCCCCGAGACAUUGGUGUGAUUAUCGACAUCAUCAGAUGAAAUUAACUCAAGGUAGUCGGCUGAAAGCUAGUCCGACAACUCACUCGUGACAAAAAUUGUUUGGAAAUUCUGUAGAAACAUGCUUCUAAGACUAAGUGGUAAGAGACUGAAAAGGACCACAAUAUGGAUUCCAAUGAACUGAAGAACGGUUGCCGCGAAGUAGCGUCCAUCCUACUUACUGAAAUUCAAAAGUAU